ACACAUAGAGGGUUUUUUUGUCAUUUUUAGUUAGCUUACUUUGAUAUAGAUCUCCUCUUCCUUAUCGUUAACAUAAGUUUUCCUCCCAGAAUGAUUGUGUUACUGUGGACUUUAAUCGUUGGAUUCCACAGUUAUGUUUUCUGCUAUGAAAAUCUAUGUAGACGGCCCACAACAGUUCUCUCCCAAAGUUCGACCUACAAGAUAAACAAUGCAUCACUUGCUAAUGAUGGCAAUUUACAAACUGACUACAUUAAUUGUGCCCAAACUAAUACAAAUGAAACAGAGGCAUGGCUACAGGUGGACUUUGGACAUUUCUAUAGCAUAAACAACGUAAAAAUCCGUAGUAGAAAUGAAGGUUAUGGAUCAUCAUCUUGGAAGCAAUAUCGGUUCAGACAAUUUUACCUAGAUGUCUCGAACUCAUCAGCAUCAGAAACAACAACGACACAGAGAACUCGAUGUUACACAGACUAUACAACGGUUCACGGUCUCCCCCCAAACAUCAUAGACAUACCGUGUAAACACACAGCUAGAUACGUCAUUGUGGAGACCACAUUUGACGCACCUGAGGACGAUAAAUAUGGUGAAUUUGGUCCUGUUCUUGAAGUCUGCGAAAUAGAGAUUUAUGGGUGUAAGACAACUUGCCGAGGUAAUCUCUGCGAUGACUCUGGUAAUUGUACCAAUGGGUGUAAAGACGGAUACGGGGGACCUGCUUGUGAUAUUCAAUGUCCUGCAAAUUGUCAAAACUGUGACAGCAAAACUGGACAAUUUAUCAGCUGUGAGAAAUUGAAGGAUUCAAACUUGAAAAUCCUGUUCAUUUUGUAUGGGGUAAUUGCAGCUCUUAUUAUCAGUCUCAUCGUCAACGGCUACAUGAUAAUAUGGAUUUCAAUACAGGACAGAUGCAAAGGACAAGACGUAAAACAAGAGGCGAUGAGUUGUAAUUCUCCUCCUCAGGAUUUCAUUUUAAACCAAGAAAUAUAUGAAGCAGUGGAGGACAACGCCGAAUACCAAGAAAUGGGUCAACCCAGUGGAUCUUCUCAUUACGAUCAACUCCAAGGGCGAAAAACCUAGUUAAUUAACAAUU